AUUAAUAAUUCUGAAAUGUAAACUCACAUAUAAUCCUAUUAUUUAUUACAUGCAUAUAAACAACAACCGAAUCAUCAUUAUACUUAUAACUAGAAAAAAACUAAUAACAAGUACUACUAGAUUUCCUACUCAAGACACUACUACUACUAUACUAGUACUUAUUCAGUCUUCCAUUCCAUGGAUCCUUUGUACUAUUCAACUUCAGAUUUCUGGUCAUUCGAGGGAUCAACCGACUCCAUGUCACCCUCCGACAGUUUCACCAGUCGUCCGAUGAAUUUCUCCGAUGAAGAGCUUCUUUUGGCUUCCAGUAAUCCCAAGAAGCGAGCUGGUCGGAAGAAGUUUAAGGAGACUCGUCACCCGGUGUACCGUGGCGUAAGGAGGAGAAAUUCAGGUAAGUGGGUGUGCGAGGUCAGGGAGCCUAACAAGAAGACUAGGAUUUGGCUAGGCACAUUUCCCACCGCUGAGAUGGCGGCGCGUGCCCAUGACGUGGCAGCGAUUGCUUUGAGGGGUCGCUCGGCUUGUCUUAAUUUUGCCGACUCGGCUUGGAAGCUGCCGUCUCCGGCUUCUUUGGACCCAAAGGAUAUUCAGAAGGCGGCGUCCGAGGCCGCCGAGGCGUUCCGUCCGGUGGAUUUGGCGGACGAGAGUAUGAGAAAGAAAAAAUCGACAUCGACGGCGACGGCCGAGACAUCGUCGGAGAAUACGUUCUGCAUGGAUGAUGAUGAGUUUGGAAUGCCCGGUUUGCUGACAAAUAUGGCGGAGGCGAUGCUGUUGCCUCCACCUCACUAUAUGGAUCAAGGGUAUUUCAGUAGCGAUGACGUGGAAGUUUGUGCUGACGUGUCAUUGUGGAGCUAUUCUAUUUAGUUUCCUUUCGUGUGGUGCCGUUGUAAAAAGAGUGUGUUCUUAUAAAUUCAUAGUUUUGAUUUGAUGAUAGUUGUAUUAUAAGAGCAGUGAGUCGCAAUGUGUAGCAUUGCUCUUCCUUGUUACAAAGUUGGAUUAGGAAGCAUAUUUUUGUACCGUACUAGUAUUUUUUUGUCUAGUACUGGUACUUUUACCAUAGUAAUCAUAAUUAUAAUAAAGUUGUGAAAGCAAAAUAAAUAAUAAUAAUAAUAAUAAUUUAAAGUUCCUCUUU